AUGUCAGGUCCCAAAGCUAGCAAGAAAAUCAAGAUUGAGACCACCACUGCGUCGUCAGAUGAAGACGACAGUGGUAAGCGGAAACUGGAUCACAAUCGCCUGUCAGUUCCUGCUGCUACUGCUGCAGACUCAACGUCCACUAGCAACAGCUCGAGGAGAUUGUCUGGUAAUAAUAACAGUGUGAUCUCACCUGGCGGGUUUUCAGAUUCUGAUGGUGGUGGAGCUAACUCGGUAAUUGGACGACGAAAAAGAGACAGCGGCAGUGAUCUAGGAAUUGAGAAUCCAACAAGUGUUGGUGCUGAUGCUGAAGCAGAUACUGAGGCCGGUGCCAAAGCUGAUGCUAGAGAUGAUUCUAGAGAAGAGGUUAGACGAGCAGGGUUUUCGGCAGUCAAUGGUGCUACAAGUGCUAGCGCCAGUUCGGCAGGACCAAGUUUCACUGGAAAUGCCACUGCAGAUACUCCUUCGUCAGGUAGACCCGUGAAAAGAAGACCACAUAGCAAAUCAAGAAGAGGAUGUAGCAAUUGCAAAAAAAGAAGAGUCAAGUGUGAUGAGACGCACCCGAGAUGUAAAAACUGCGAUCACUUAGGUCUUGAAUGUUCAUUCACCACAGAUCAAGUAGCCAAAGUGUCGUAUUCCAACGGACCGCUUAAUAUGGUAGACCUGAAACUGUUUUACAACUAUACAACAGUUGUAUGGAAAACAAUAACGUCAGCGGGAAUAUCAAACGAAGAAGUGUGGGGUGAAGACGUUCCAGCACUAGCAUUUGAAUAUCCAUUCUUGAUGAGGUGUCUACUAACAUUCUCAGCAACCCAUUUAUCACGAACUCAUAAAGGCAUGUAUGACGAUGCAGUCACUGUACAUAGAGGAGAGGCCCUACGAUUAUUAAGGGAAGAAGUUCAACAGGUGACGCCCCAGAAUGUCGACCCUUUAGUGGCAGCGUCUGUUCUGCUUAUAUUAGACGCCCUGGCCAAUGCCGCAUUACCAGACGAAAUGUCUCCCAGCAGUCUACCUCCAUCUGCUUGGUUACAUCAUGUUCGUGGAGCAGCCACUAUUUUAUUGGCAGUAGGACCACUUCCACCAGAAAGUCGAUUUUUCCGGCUCGUGAAUGUGGAUUUAAGCGACCUAGCAGAUACGAAAGGCGGGCUGGCGGGUAUUUCCCAGCUGAUUGCCAAUAGUGGACUUGGUGGAUUAGGUGGUUUGGCUGGUUUGGGACUUGGUGGGCUGAGAGGUUUGGAAGCCAGUCUGUUAGAAGAAGGAAUAAAUGUUGUCAGUGCCGCUGGUAGCAUGGGUAACAUGAACAACAUCAAUAACAUCAACGGGAUCAAUGCACUGGCUGGGUUGAAUGGUCUGAAUUUGAGUAACUUGGGUGAUCUGGCUGGACUUGGCAAUCUUGUUGGAAGCAAUUCUCCAUUUGGUGGAAGUGCUGCUGCUGCUUCUGCUACUGCUGGAGAGACUCCAGUCACUGGCAGUCUGAACUCAGAGAGUGGUAAUAGCAAUAGCACGAGUCCUGCUCUGAGUGCACUUUCUGGAGGAACAAGUGUUACAUCACCCAAUGCCGCCGCAACUCAGCUUCUGCUCCAGCAAGGAGGUCUUCCGGUGGUAGCUGGUGCAUUGUCUGGAAUGUCUGGUUUGGCAUGUUUUGACGACGACCUGAAAGAUCUGUACCCUGUUCACACAAGCUCACCGUACUUUCAAACACUGGUGUAUAUCGAUAAACUGUUCCAUCAGCGAUAUAAGUCUGAUUUCAUUCUACGAGUAUUCUCGUUCCCAGCACUGCUAGAUCGCAAUCUGCUCGAGCUGCUGGGUAAAGGUGACGACGGCGCCAAACGCAUCAUCCGUGUGUACUACAAACUAGUGAGAUCGUUCACGUCCGAGAUGAAGGAAAAGGUAUGGUUUCUAGAAGGUGUAUCUAAGGUGCUACCUAUCGACCUCGACUCUGACUUUGGCGGACUGGGAUUCAUCACCUCGGCACUUCCAGUGUCAGUCACUCUCGAAACCAUGCUGCGACCGUUCGAGGAGACCGAUGUCGGCACUAUAGUGAGCGGUCAGCGUUCUUCAAACACACCCACACCGUCAUCGCUCCUUCCACCGCCACCAGCCAACUACGACAAAUCACCUGGCGACCACAGUCAGCAGUCGCCACCAUCGGACUCCAACAACAGGGAUAACGACGAGCUCAUGAGCUGA